UCGAAGAUGUAAUAAAAUAUCUCGACCCUCAGUACAUUGAUAGGAUGGCUGUUCCAGAUGCCAUGAAGCUGCAGUUCAUCUUGGCAGAGGAGCAGGUUAUUCCUUCCCGGGCAGCUCUUCUGGAGCAGGUGAAGAACCUCCAGCCUGUCUUGGACAGUACCAGUAUCCAAGCGGUUCCUGACCAUGCAGCCAAACUGCAGCGACUCUCACAAAUCCAUGUACAGCAGCAGGAACAGCGUCAUGAUCUCACUGACAGUGUCAAGACACUUCUCGAGGACUACAACAAAAUGACCCUGCUUCUCUCCAAGCAGUUUGUCCAGUGGCAUGAAAUACUGACACGCCUGGAAAUGGCCAAGGAGGCAAAACCUGUGGCAGAGUGAUGGCAAAGC